CACACGCACACAGGCCUGUCUCUCUAUCCUUGUGGGGACCGUCACCCUGUCCCCAGCCUCACCUGCACCAGGACCAAACUGCAGCCCAGUUAGUUUGAAGCUUUAACCCUCAAAUUGAGGCUGAACCUUGUGGGGACCAGCAGCCAGAUGUCAUGUGCUGCUGCUGUGUGUACCUGUUUUGUCCUUGCAUGUGAGGACCGUAUGACUUUGUGGGGACCUUUACCCCACAAGGUAAAGACUUCCAAAUCACUGGGCUCCAGUCUGGUCCAGAGUCCUGGUUCAGGUGAGCCACGUGUUCAGGGGGUGAGGGAAAGGGCCAGUAGAGGUCCUCACAAGGACAGAGAGGCAGGUGAGUGUGAGAGCGAGAGAGAAAGGCCGGCAGCAAACAAAUGGAAGCGGCUGGUGAAGAGUCGUGCGAAGGUCGUGGAGUCAUGUGACUCUGAUGAUGUGAUGAGAGCAGACGGAGGUCGUAUCACAGGCGGCUGAACACAAACAAAGCGAGCACCAACCACAGCAGCUCCUGCUGGCGCCGGGGCGGGAAUCAAAGCCGCCAACCGCUGCAUGAGCCUGUCUACUCUGGUCCCCGCCACACCGAGGCUCCUAACCUGGUGGGGUCCGGCAACAGGUCCCCACAGCUUCACAUCAGCCUCUGAACUCUGAACCAGGCGGAGACGUAAGGGCCCCACUGGGAGGUGUUUUCUCUGAAACUGGACCUCACUGGGACAGAUAUGCUGAAACACACACACCUGCCAGAUUAAUUCAGCUGGUUUCCCUGAGCUCCCAUGAUUCAUUGCAGCACUGCAGGUAGACUCUCUCUCUCUCUCCGUGUGUGUGUGUGUGAGACAGAGAUAAAUGAGGGAGGAGCAGAAAACGAUGUCGAAACCAAACAAACAUUGCUGCUGCUGCAGGGGAGAUCUAUACACACCCUUCAGUGAUGUGUGUGUGUGUGUGUUCUUGUACUUCUGUCUUUGUGAGAACAGAGUGAGGACAUGUUGGCAGGUCCUCACUCUGCAGAGCCUCAGUUUGAGGGUUAAAACUACAGAACAGCUGGAUCAUUAUAACUGGGCUCCAGUCUGGUUCAGAGUCAAGGUUCAGUUUAGCCGUUUGUUCUGGACUGUCAGGUUCAGGGGGUGAGGCUGGGGGAAGGGUGAUGUUAAUGAUGGUCCUCACUGAGCUAGGAAGACAAACGUGUGAGAAGAGAGAGAGAGAGAGAGAGGAGGGGGAUGCUCUCCCCACAUCUAACUUCAGUCUGUAGGAGUGGGAGUAAAUAAGGGGGAGUUGAGGAUGAGUCUGACAGGAGCAGUGAGGAAGAGAAGCACAGAGGAUGAGGAUUGCAGGAGGAAGAAAAGCAGGAGAGGAGGAAGAGGAGGAGUGGAGGACAGGAGGAAGAAGAACAGGAGAGGAGGAGGAUAGGAGGAAGAGGAGAAAGAAGAACAGGACAGAAGUAGGAAAAGGAGGAGGAGUGGAGGAAGAGGGAGGAGCAGUGUGUCUAAACUGAAGUGCAGCGGUGGGUCAUAAGAUCCCAAGAUAAAGGAUGACAACUCUGGUUUCGCUUAAGAUGGAGUGGUCCAACACAGACACUGACCGGUGUUUCAAUAUUCCUCGGUGCUGUUGGUCCUGGAAGCGUGUGCUGGAGGAGGCACAGCGCCCCCGUGUGGCUCGUGGCACCAGAUCACUGCGGUCCGCCUGAAGGCCCCGACCCGCGCAGCCUCGAUAUGAAAUUGCUUUCUGAGGGAUUAAGGAGCGCGAGAGGAUUAUGGAGAGUUGAAGUCUUCAAAUAUUCCUCUUCCUUCCUGUGCGUGUGACCUCUGACCUCUGCGCCAAACACUCUCCCAGGUGUGAGGGAGAGGAGGGGAGAGAGAGGGGGAGAAGAGUGAGGCUGAACGCUGGGGCUCCUGGCUGCUGCUGCCUCUCACAACACACUUGUUGGCUCGGUGACAUGUGAUGAGAGGAAGGAGGAAGCGUGUGGUCAACCACUGCCGUGCGAAACGCUGCAGCAGAAGCAAGAGUCGGGGCAGGGACUCGCCGAGGCACACGUCUGCUGGAGAGGUGGCCGCGUGGAGACUAGAGAGCCAUGUCCCAGAGACUCCUUCCUCUCCUGCUGGUCCUGCUCACCUCCACUGGAGCAGCUGGAGACACCUUCCUCUUCGCUCAGGAGGGAGCUGAAGUUACUCUGUCAUGUGACUCCAGAGCACCUGACCAGGCCUCCUGUGAGGGAACCGCCUGGCUUGGUGAUAAAGAUGGCGGAAUCGAAACAUUGGCUGAACAUAAGACAGUCAAAGUUGAUGUGGACCGACUGAGCCUGGCACCUGACUGCUCUCUGGUCAUCAAGAAGAUGGGGGCUGGAGAUGCUAGACGUUACACCUGUCGACAGUUUGAUGGACCAAGACCAUAUACAGACGCCGACACGUUCCUCUCCAUGGUCUCCUUGACUCGCUCCAUGACUCAAGGUGACAUGACCUUGACCUGUAAAGUGAUCCGUCCUGGUUUCUGCCCUGAGAAGGUUCAGUGGCUGUAUCAGGGUCAAACUAUAACCAAAGAUCACCCACAGCUGAAGACCUCGUCGACCACCUGUGGAGAUGCUGCUGUUCAGUUUCCUCUUGCGUCCUUCCUGGAGAGGCACUUCCUCACAUGUGAAGUCUCACACAGAGACACGGUGAAGAGGUUCCCCUUCCAAGCAGCAGUGACAUCACCACUGGUGACGACAGCAUCCUCACCCUCAUCCUCAUCAGAAGCAGCUCCCAGAGGCUCUUCUGUGGUGGACUACUUGGUGCUGACCCUGCGUGUGGCUGAAGUCCUACUGGUCACCAUGGUUACCGUCCUCCUCAUCAAAGCUCUGAGAAAGCGAGGAUCACAUGACCACAGCUCUAGACGCAGAAACACUGAGGGUGAUGGUGAUGAAGACGUGAAGUAUGAAAACUGAAGGAAGCAUUUGAAAUUCACUCCUUCAUUGCUGUUUGUUCUGCUGAGCCUCACUUGUUCACCAGUGUGUGGCGCUGCUGCUGAAUAAAGCCUCCAUCUUGGUCCAGUGUGAGCAGCGUCUGUCACGUGCGCCCAGAUGUUGCGUUCCCUCGCGGAGACCCUUCGGUGGCGCGCGGUUCACAUCACCGCGUCGCCUCCAAGUUUCAGAGCCGCCGCUGGACGGUGCUCGCGCGCCUCCUGGCG